AUGUGCACUAUUCUAUCGUUGUCUGAAUCACUUCUAGUAUCUUUGGUUCUAUAUGUUUGUGGGCACAUUGAUUUGCUUUCAAAAAGAAUCAAUGAGUUUUCAAUGAAUUGCCAAAACAAUCAAGAAAAUAACUCCCUUGCGCCGAUAAUCAAACAACACCAGAAAAUUAUGAACAUUGUCGACAAAAUUGAGACUGUUUACACUUACGGAUCAUUCCUUCAAGUUUUUCUCAGUACCUUUAUGAUGUGUUGUGCUGGUUUCAUGGUACUUACCGAGUCGAAUGACAUUAUGAUAUUGAUGAAAUACAGCAUGGUUUGUGUAACUGUGACAUGGCAAGAAUAUUCCUUCUGUUUUUUUGGUCAGAGACUCAUCAAUAAAAGCGAACAAAUAUCGCACAAAGUAUAUGACACAUUUUGGUAUAACGCGAAACCAUCAGAAAUCCGAGCUAUUGCAUAUAUUAUAAAAAUAGCACAGAUACCUCUUAAACUGACAGCGGGAAAGUUUACCUCUCUAUCUGCAGAAACAUUCACUUCGAUUAUGAAGACUUCUUUCUCGUAUCUAUCCGUUCUCAAAGCAACCAAUAUGUAGCUCUGUAGUUUUUCAAAUUUUUAAUUUAG